UUUCCGCUGCCGAGGCGGCGGGAGCCGAGCCCCAGCGGACCGAGCCGCGGCCGCAGCGGGCGGCGGGCGCAGAGGCGGCGGCGGUGGGGUGGUCUGGCGACGGCGAUGCGGCGGCCGCUCUGAGCCUGCCCGCUCCAGGCGCCGGGGGAACCGGCCGCGCGGGGCGGCAGCAUGCGGGGCGGCGAGGAGCUGGACGGCUUCGAGGGCGAGGCCUCGAGCACCUCCAUGAUCUCGGGCGCCAGCAGCCCGUACCAACCCACCACCGAGCCGGUGAGCCAGCGCCGCGGGCUGGCCGGCCUGCGCUGCGACCCGGACUACCUGCGCGGCGCGCUCGGCCGCCUCAAGGUCGCCCAAGUGAUUCUGGCCUUGAUUGCAUUUAUCUGCAUCGAGACUAUCAUGGAGUGCUCCCCGUGCGAAGGCCUCUACUUCUUUGAGUUCGUAAGCUGCAGUGCAUUUGUGGUGACUGGGGUCCUGCUGAUUCUCUUCAGCCUCAACCUUCAUAUGAGGAUCCCCCAGAUCAACUGGAAUCUAACAGAUUUGGUCAACACUGGACUCAGCACUUUCUUUUUCUUUAUCGCCUCAAUCGUGUUGGCUGCUCUAAACCAUAAAACCGGAGCGGAAAUUGCUGCCGUGAUAUUUGGCUUCUUGGCAACAGCAGCCUAUGCAGUGAGCACAUUCCUGGCCAUGCAGAAAUGGAGAGUCAGCGUCCGCCAGCAGAGCACUAAUGACUACAUCCGAGCUCGCACCGAGUCGAGAGAUGUGGACAGCCGCCCUGAGAUCCAGCGCCUGGACACAUGAGAACGUCUGGAGUUCUCCCGCUGCCCUCGUGCCCGUCCUUCUAAUCAAGUUUUCUUUCUCUUAGCACGUCAGAUUUUUGUGUGAACCAGCUGAAUUUUGUCCUGUUUGGUAAAAAUUCACUUUGGGAAAGGUUGCCUAGAGUGGCCCAGUGACUGACAGAUCUGUGAUGGUCACAGAUCCAAAGAGGCCCAGGUCCUCUGACCUUGGGUGCCCGUGGGAGCAGCCGACUUUAAUGACUGCUCUAGGUCUUAACUGUCCGUCUCAGAACUCACGGUGUCACCUGACUCUGAGCCACCCUGUCAUGUGUAUUUGUGAUGAGUCAAAACCUUAAUAAAUGGCAUUGAGAAGGGAAGUAUAUGUCACAAGACAGGAGCACCGGGAUGGGACAGCCAGUGAGGUACGUGGACAGCCUUCUAGCGAGCUGGGGUGUGUGCUGAGUCCGUUAGACCCACCCUCCUUGUGCUCUAUUCAGAGCAUCGAGGCAGGCGGCAUGCUCUGAGUGGGCCUCUAAGGGCUGACGAAAGGGUGUGUCCCUGUAACUUCCUUGCCAGGCUUGUAUGGUACAGGGAUAGGAAAAGCUAGUGUCCUAUGGGGACAGCUCUGUGAGACUGACUCCCAGAACAGUGAUCAUUUGUCUCCUGCCCUGCUGAGAAAUCACUUGAUUCUUUCUCACGUGAAUCACCUUCCUGUGGUCCAUACUCAACUUCCGGGAUGGGGGAGUGUCACGUGUGUGGGGCCCUGCCCACCUAACAUGCACACCCUGAGGCUGAGUUGCAAUUCCAGCACUUUUACCUUCUCAGGUGAAAGCGGCAGAGGAAGCAGCCCUCCCUCCCCUUAGCCUGGGCACUUUGUCCUCUUGCUGGCCUCAUGGUACAGAGUGGCACGCUCAAACCCACACUUCGAUUGUAUGGACACGUCUCAUUUUCUGAACAUCCGAGACAAGCUCUAAAGUGAUUCUGAGUCAGUUUAUCUAGGAUUUGAGAAUACUUGAAUCUGCACCAGGACACGUCCUCCCACGGAUGUUCCACGGGGCACUGCUGCCAUUCUGGGCACCCGAGUGUCUUCUCUAUGAUCAAAAGUCCUGGAACGCGUUAUGAAUCCUAGUUACGUAUGGCUUUUGGAUUGGUUCUUGGUAAACUGAAGAUUAUUUUUGUGGUGAAUGAAUUAAACAGGCCCCUAUGAUGCUGUAAUUUUGUUGUUAGAGACUAAUUAUAUUUUUGUUUUUGGAAAGUUGUUUUAACAUGUCAGGUUCUCCCUCUGAACUGUUGAUGUUUACAGAUCUUGUAGCUCUAAGAUUUUGUGGGUCGCCUCACCAAGGAGAAGAUGUGGCUGGCAGGAGGAUAGUGUGGUGGUACAGUGCCCCCACUAUGUCCUAAGGACCGUUCACAACCUGAGCAGUGUCCUUUGUAGUUCAUAACCCAGAAGUGGGUGGCAGGGCUGCCGAGGAGAGCUGAGGAGGUGCUCCCCGUGCACCGCGGCUCUGCAUCGGUCAGGGAAGAGCAGUGUUGGAAGGCUGGAUGGCCAAGAGUGGCUAUUGUCAAACCCCACAGCAGGGCGCGGGAGUCCACAGGAAAUAGGGUCAGCCUGUGUCUGAUUGGGGACAGGGUGGGGGAGUACUAGGGGCUGGCUCCCUAAAACCAAUAUCCAGUAUAAUCCAGUUCUGCUGCAGUUCCAGGUUGGCAUGUUCCCAUGUUCAGAGGAUGACCCAGCUAGUCCAGUGUACCUCCCUCUCUGCCUCUCUUCUCCUCCAGAGGGCAGCCUGGGUCUGUCCCCUGCCCAGCCCCUCAUGGAGGGAGAGCUUUCUGUUGCUGGCCGAGUUGAGUGAGUCGGCACAUUGUGCACAUUGUGCUUUUCCAACCUGAGCCCGUUGUGUGUGGGGAGUGGGGGACAUCUUGAUUUUAUGCUAGUUUUACCUGGUCAUUUUGCCUUGGUUGGUAUACCUAUAUAAUCAAAAUCAGGCUUUCUGCCUCAGAGAAUUCCCUUUAAAUGGGGUUGCAAAGACUCCAUCUGUAUCCGAGCCCCACUUGGAAUGACCACCCUGAGCUUUAGCAUGUCACUGGGCCUCAGGAAAAAGCCACCUUUGAAGUGAGGCGGAAGAAAGAAGCAUUCAGAUGGGGUUUCUGCUCGCUUUCCCAAGUCCCUUCAAUAAACCCGUUUUAUCCUGUGAUGAAAGGAGGCCUUCUGAGGAAGUGUUGUCGGCUGAAAGAAAUGAUCCUGAGACCCAUUGAGACCAUGAAUACCAAUAAAUGAUAAUGUGGUGGUGUCUUAGGGCCUAAGAGACUUGAGAGCAAUUUGCAUCUUAGUGACAGAAUCAUUGUAAUAUUUAUAUCUUGGUUACUAUUUAAUAUCCUUUGUGCUAUGAAGCUUUCCCGUGGCUUUUGUAUAUGUAUUUCCUUGUACUAUUUAACUAGCUCCCGUAGAGCCAGAAGUGGCUUGUACAUGCUCUCAUAGCGUGAUGAACAGGCCCCUCACCUUUACAGCCAGUGUGGUGAGCACAAGCCAUGAAGACAAUAUGGCUGUCUAUAAGUGAAAGCAGAGACACCUGUAUCUUUCCUGUUGUGCCUCUGUGCAAACAGAAGGUAAUAGAUUUGAGGUUUGUACAGCAACCCUGUGAAUUGAAAAAGGCAUAUUUUUGUGUUUAUUAAGCCCCCUGUGGACCAGUGCCGCUUGCUUAGGUUUGGAGCAUUGUACGUGAGCCUUCACCGUCUCCAUUUCCUGAGGAGAUGGCUUCACUUUCUUGGGUGGAGAAAACAUGGCAAGACAUGCAGUUGUUGGGGACAUGUGGUGUGUUCGUGGAGACAUGGGGUUGACACCCUCUGGCACUUGGUAGUCUUGAUGGAUAUUAACUUGUCUUCGGAGAAAGUGUAUUUUGGCCCUGUUGAUCUCGACUGAAUGCCAGGUACCAGUCUUCUCUACCUUCCCUGCCAAAGGCUCAGAGGGUAAGACUGCAGUCAAGAAAACCUAAAGAUAUGUAUUGGCUCCUAGAAAGGGCAAACACAGUGAGGUAGUGAAUUCUUUUCAGAGAAGUUCUGCUUAAGGAGAUAGCCAUGUAAUGCAGAUUGCUUUUGUCUACAGACAAAGCAAGAAUGCAGUAAGCUGCCUACAUCCUUCUUAGCAAUAUGCUAAAACAGCAGUGUGGGCAGAGCCUGGGCAUAGCAGAGCCAGCAAGGAUGGACUACCCUCUGAGCACUCUCUGAGAACUUCUCACUGAGAGGGACCCUAGGGCCCUUCUAGGACUCUUGGCAGGAAGACUUACGGGCAGACCUGGUAUGCCUUGUCCUCCACCCUGGCUGGAUGCUUCUGGAGAGAAUUUCAUGAUUCAGUUGAAAACAUUUCUUUUUCUUUCAAGUUUCCUUUAUCUUUGAAGUUUUUCUAUUGGUUCAGUCAGUCUUAGAAGAAAUGAAGGCCUAACUCUCUUGUCCCUGCAUGUAUGUGAAUUCUUGCUGUGAAUGAGUCUUGGCUAGCCUUGUUUGUGACCUUGUGGAUUUGCAUGUACUGUUUGGAGGAGAUCUCUUGCCUAUCUAAGAGGUGGCCUGAGGAUUCGUCCCCGCCCAUGUCAGAGUCUCUGUGGGUCAGUCGGAGGAGCGUGGAGACUUGUGUCCAUCCUUGUAGUGAUGGAGGUGGUGCCAGUGAUGACAGCAUCUGUGUUCAGAGCACACAAAAGUCCCAUGCUUAGUGUGCUCCUGCCGAACUGUCUUUUUCUGAAGAUGUCCUCUACAUAGCAAUAGUGACAUUAAACAGGUAACAGCAGGGGUUGGGGGGGUGGGGCGCAUACACUUUCUAUGUAGAGAAUUGUUGACUGAUCCUCAUGAGCUGAAAAAAAAAAAAGCUGCUUCUAGUGUGUGAGGUUUCCGGGUACCUUUUAGUUCCUCAUAAAGUUGCAGACUCUGAGGUGCCUCUUGCUGUCUGCUUUUGUCAGCACCAGCCCCAUAGUAGGGCUAGCUAGGCACAGAGUCUAGUUUGGUGGACACAUGAAAUUUGCAUGACCGAGGCCUGGGGGUGGUGGGGGAGGCUCCAGCGGCAGCAGUGGGUUGGCAUAGAUAGCGUUUGAUAUGUUCAUAACCCCUGCUGACCUGGAAGCGUGUCCUUAACCUCCCCCUCUUCAGAAGAGUGAGGUCUUUCGUGCUCCUGAAAGGACUAGAGCAGGUGACAGGCUGCCUCAGGUGAUGCUGACGUAGCAGACCCCUUUUCUGGGCUUCGUUAGCUUUUCUGACUCCUUAAAACCUAUUGUUUCUCUCUUCUCAGCAGACAUCUUUAAAAUAACCAGUUCUGUCUGGUUGAGAAAAUUUGGAAUGUCUGACCUAUCAAUGUUUAUGUAGACAUCGUCUCUGAAAGACAAUAGCAUCAGUGUUAGAUCUAGAAUUUUCUUCCAAAAGAUAAUGUUCUAUUUGAUUUCAUGCUGGUCAGUAUAGCAUUGGAUAUAAGUUCUUAGGCUUUGGGACUCCCCCCCCACUCCAUUCUAGUUUCCUCCUAAGAGUAAAGGGGUGGAGGGACCCAAGCCCAUUGAGUUCAAAGCCAUCUCACAGAAUCAAAUUUAGACCAUAGGUUCUUGAACAGUGUAUUGUGUCAUUAGUUUACCUCAUCUCCCUCUUUAUUCUGAUACUCUAAGUCAAGUGAGCCUUUGGUUAGUGGUUAGUAUCACUUGGACUGUGGCGAGCUAGCAGAACUUGUUUGGCUGUGAUUAUGGUAAGAACGUGUCUGAAGCCACUUCAGGGGUAAAAGGUUUGUUUUCUUUCAUAAUUGCAUCUGGUACCCAGCAGGAAGUACCUGGCCCCUCCUUGUUCGUCAGAAUAGCUACCCAAGGAAUCUGCCUGGAGAAAGGUCAGUGAAGGAAGACUCGUGGUCACCCCAGCCCAGGGCAGGGCAGGGCGGGCCUGCCCGAUGCUGCCGGACGACUCAUGGUCACCCCAGCCCAGGGCAGGGCAGGGCGGGCCUGCCCGAUGCUGCCGGACGCUGCCUUCCUCCACUAACCGGGCGUUGCUUCAGUUCUUUCAGAACUGAUUUAGCAAGUUCCAGAACCCUGUCCCCUUUCCAUGGCACUGAAGGGUACAGUGAUUCAGGGCUUAAAGAAUUGGCUAGGUCAAGGGGCAGAGAGGGCAAGAGCAAGGCGUAUUGUAACCCAGGCCUACCUGUUCCAACUCUUUCAUAACUUGUUUAUGAAAAACAAUUGUUUUCAUUCAUAUAUAACUUAUUUAAAAACUAAUUCAAAUAAUAAUGAAAUUGACCCAUUUGCCUAAAAUCAUUGCUUUUUGAUAACUUGGUUUUGAUGUGGUUCCAUGUGGAAGAACGCUAGGGAGCAAAGCUGUCUGUGUAUGCUGACGUUCGUAGGAGAUUAGGAACCCAUGGAGAAACACUAAGCUAUUUAUUUGUCUGUCUGUCUUUUUUUUCUUUCUAAGUAGGCAGUUCUUUUUCUGUAUAUUUUGUCAGAUAACCACUUCACCUUUGGUGCCUUCCAUGUGUCACAUAAGCACUCUUGUCAAUCAUGGAAUUGGGGCGGGGAUGUACAUUUAGUUAACAGAUAACACUAUUUUUGUAGCAUGAUUGUGUCCUUUCAAUAUUGCUUUCCACAGUAUCGGUCCUGACGUUUGGGCCAUUUCCUCUUAAACUUCCUAUGUAUUUUUCAAAACGACCCCCUCUGGCAAGUCCUGUCCCUUGCACUGUGUUCUUCCCACACUGCACUUCUGCUGGUUUAGUCUGAGAAGUAAGUCAGAGGAUAGUUCUGAAAAAAGUCUCGUUCUUGUAAUUCUGUUUGACACUGUUUGACUGUUUGUUAGACUGGAAGAACUGUUGCUCACCAACAGUGAGAAGAAAGUGGUCUCAUUUUUCACAAGUUUCAACCAUGUGCCACCUUCCUGCUUGCUGGGUCUAGUGAGCGCUUGCAUUUGGCUCCUGGCCCUCCCACCCUAGCCAGUCAGUCCCGGCUGUUGUCUGCCCUGUCUCCUAGGAUAGAUAGGCUAAGUGCCGCUGUGUCCUGGCAGCACCCCAGACUUGCUCUGGGAUUUGCCCCACUUGGAUUUAGGUGACACUGUGGCUGCCGCUGGUGGGUUUCUGGGUAGCCUGAGUGCAGUAGGUCCUGUGCUGUGGAGGGCUAGGGAAAGCCAGGGCACAGGAUAACCUAGCCACCGUUCUGUUUUCCUGACCCUGCACCAUGGAGUUGUCUGGUCAGGAAAAACUCACUGAGCCAUUGCUGAGUAAAGGUACGGCUCCUCUGAGGUAGGAACUUGUAGCUCUGUGAUUUUUGUCCUUUGAAGAGUCAAAACGUAAUUCUGUGACAACACAAGUUAUUAUGUGGCCAAAUGACAGCUUUCUGCCAGGACUGGCCACUGCCACUCCAUUUAAUAGUGGCACUCUUGGGAGACAAUGUUAAUAGUUACCACAUUUUGUUUCUUGAGUUUGGUUUUCUUUGAGGCAGGGUCUUGCUAGGUAGUCCUGUCUGACCUCUAACUUAUAGCAAUCCCCCUGUUUCUUCCUCCUAAAUGCUGGGAUAGCACACAGAAGUGGACCACCAUGUCUAGCUAAAGUUGUUUGGCAUGGGAAUUCCAAGGUGAGGGCCGUUUAAGAACCUUGAAUUUGUGUUGUUUGCAGUACUGAGUUUCCCAUCUGGGCCCAUCUGACAUUGUCGCCAUGGAUGGACCUCCCCUGACCCCCAGGCUGGACCCUGUGCACUGCAAAUGAUGUGGGAGCCAUGGAUGGCAUUUGCCCCGUUGAUUUGCUAGACAGCAGGCAAAGCCUCACCCUGCCCUCAGCCUCUCCACUUUCCUUUGAAGGACCAAUUUUUCAUGGUACUUGUCUUGAUUGUUUUCAUAUUGUUCAAAUCUGUAUUUUUGUAUGUAGAGGGAAAUACUUUUCUCAAUACUAAUCACUAAUGAAUACUGUAUUGUCAAGAAGGAGUUCUUGUUUAAUAAAUGGACAUAUUAAAAAAACAAACAAACAAAA